UGUUGACUCGGCUCAUCACCUGCUGCUGCUGUCGGAGGGUCAUCUCUCUUCUAUACUGAAGCGGAAUACCAUUUUAAAUGUGAGGAUCCUCCGCUGAAGACUUGCCUGACAUGCAUGAUGUUUCUCCAGUCGUCUACGGCGGCUUCAUCGGCUACUUUUGUCUGCUUGUUUUGAGCAGUAAAACCGGCACCAUGAGAGUGACUUUCUCUCUGGUGCCUCUGCUGGUCUGGGCUCUCCUGCUUCUCUGCAUGGUGAGCGUCUGCAGCCAGCAAGUGUCCACUGGCAACCAAAGCUCCCGAGUAAAGACAGGCCAGGAGAGGACGGGCACUUGUGAGGUGGUGGCCGCACAUCGCUGCUGCAACCGCAACAAGAUUGAAGAGCGCUCUCAGACAGUCAAGUGCUCCUGCUUCCCUGGACAGGUGGCAGGGACGACGAGGGCACUGCCCUCUUGUGUGGAAGCCUCCAUCGUGCGGCAGAAGUGGUGGUGUAAGAUGGAGCCCUGUCUGGAGGAUGAAGACUGCAGGGUCCUUCCUGACCUCACCGGUUGGUCCUGCGUCUCCGGGAACAAAGUGAAGACCACGAAGGUGGCACGCUAGCCAGGCGGAAGAGGGCUGCGCAGCUUCAUACUGCAGCAGCCGCCUCAACUCCCGAGACAGUGAGCGACCCAUCCCGUCCAGCCCAAGAAGAUUCCAUUAGAUAGCCUAUCUCCUGGAUGAGCCUCGCACCGCAAGCACUCAUCAUUUCAAUUCCCCUUGUCUUAAACACCAUUAGAGUUGGGGGGCGAGUCCCGCCGGCCCGGACGAUCUAUUAGCAGCGGAGCUAAGAUAACCCCAUGCAGCUCCCUGGACUGAUCCAAAUAUUGGGCGAAAAGAGAGAAGUCCCUUUCCAUUUCCCGCUGCUUGGUAUUCCGAGCAGGUGGGGGGUAAAAGUUGGGAGAUUGUGUGGAUAUUCAGACGGCGGCUCACCAAGGCAUGAAACCACAAUCCCUGAGAAAUGUAUGAUCAUGUAGCAUGUGUCGACGACGUUGUCUUGGAAACUUGCUUCUGUAAAGAGGUCAGAUCCCGCUGGACUUGUGCUUACAAUCUCGACGCUCGCUCAAACACACACGCCUACACACACGCACACGCACACACUGUGUGCCAGGCUGUUUUUUUUUGGGCAGGCAGGCCACCACCUGCAAGGCUGUGAUGGCACGCAUGGAGUCCUGAUGCAAAACAAGCGGCGUUUGAAAUGCUAAUGGUGUGGAGACCGAGGAGAGGGGCAUCUUCACUGUGGAGAGUGUUUACAUCCUGCCUUUGUUUGUCUCUGUAAGCCCAGCGCUCCUGUGGAGGGGACUCUGCUCACACUGAUGAUGGGAAAUGUUGGAGCUUUCUCUGCCUUUGAGCAACUCCCGCAGAAAAAAGAUUUCCUCCAUUAUCGCCACUUCAUCCUCCACAUGUGAAUAAUAUUCCUCCCGGACCAGAUCUGAUUGUCUCGCUUUCAUCUGGCGGGUUCAACCAGACUUUUACCUUGAAUAAUGAAUCGAGACUGUUGGUUACAAAACAAACAGGGAGGCUGCGCAUCUUCAGAUCUGAGGCACGCAAACGCCACACGCUGCGCUGACGCUGCCACGGAACUCACCUCUGACUCAGACUGUUCAGUCACGCAGCUGAAACCAGGCCCCAAAAAAAGUCUUUAUCAUGUUCAAAUGAGCUGUUCUGUCUGUUUGUGCGCCUGUUUUAGCUGUACAUCACAGAACAACAUCCACCAUUGCAAACAGCAAGCGAAUGGCUGGGUGGAAUAUAACGGACUGUGACAGAAAGCAGCAGCCAGGACAGCUAAUCAAUCCCUUCACCUCCUCGGGAGCUGCGAGGGACUUGCACAGCAGGGGGCAGGGAGACUUUCACUUCUCAAUCCUGGAGUCCACCUCACUUCUGCUUCUCCUCACUAGGGAGGGAGCUAAAAUUCAGAGGCUGAGUCUCAUGUUGUACUGUCUCCAAGGCCGCUGCUUUGCGGGUUGUGUGUCAGCCGUCUUCAGGUCUGUUAAGUAGAAAAAUAACAGCGCAAGCUUCUGUUGACAGUGCUAGAUUUUAGCAGCUAGUAUUUGGAAUCAUGUUGAUACCGUAAUUUCCAGACUAUGACCCACUAUUUUUUUCCCUGCGGCUUAUACAAUGCCGCCCAAAAUGCGCUGUUUUCGCCCGUGUGUCUGCAGCUCCGGCAACAGAGCCGAUCUCCUGGAGGUCUGGAGUCGAGAAGCAGCAGCUGAGACCUGCAGUGGUGUCGCAUUUUGAGGGCUUUAAUGUGAAUAAAAGAUGCGAGGAGCUCAUGAUUCAAGUUCAGAACAAUGCACAGUUUGUUUCAUGAGUCAGUCUUGAUACUGGAGUCUGUUUUCCAAACUAAUUUUGAAAAGCGUUUUUAAGCUGGGUGCACCACUGACCUUUCUACACUGCAGACAGCACCACCGCACCCGCGGCUUAUAGACUGCUGCAGCUUAUGUAUGAGCAAGAUCUAUUUUCCUUCUUAAAUUUAGUGGGUGCGGCGAAUAUUCCUCUAUAGUCCAGAAAUUACGGGUAAAUAAAACAUUCAGCGACCAUGUGUCUUUGAAAGACUAUAUCAGACAGCAGUCCUCCUCGAGAAAAUUUCAGUAGCCGAGAAAAUACUUUCAGUACAUGAAUGGAUCCAGACAAUUUCCACUGAAGUCAAACAGCAACUUUGCUGAUGGACAGACUGAAAAGAAUUCAUUUUUAAAAACAAAGUGUGAGCAUAAGUGUAAAUAUGAAACAAUCUAAAAAUUGGAUUCAUCAGAUUAAGAUUGAAAAGCCGGUGACUGUGAUGAAAGAGGAAACGUAUCCUCAAAGAAAGCCCUGCAUGAACAAUGAAGUACUUGAGGGAGUGAAACAAUAAUAUUAUGAGCCGGGAAAACAGCUCUCAUGCUCAUUUAGCUGCAAAAGGAGCUUUCGGAAUUAUCGGACAAAAGAGCUUUCAACGGGAAAUCAAAGCAUGCAAAUGAGGGUCGCAAAAACAUGAUCAGGCUCUUAAAGCAAGAAUGGAAAUCAGGAGUAUAAUCGAAGACAAUGAACGCCUGCUCCCGCUUGAAACGGAAUGAUGGGCAAAGUAUUGUUUCAGAACACAAUCUGAGCCCUCAUGAGAUGAUUACUUCCAAGGCCUGUGCCGGGAGCAACUUGAGGUUUUUACUGGCUGAAGGACGGCUGCACACAUCCUUGCAGGUGUUGGGAAUUGAACCUGUAACCUUCCCCGUGUAGGAUCAAAGCUAUUUGCAUGAAGAACAAGGACGACAUACAUUUUUCAGCCCUAUUAAUCCGUAGUUCUGCCAGGCUGUUAGUGUGCUCUUCAAGCUUGAUGAAGCGGUGUCUUCUGUCUCUGCUAGCUUAUGUGUUCUGGCGCCGGGUUGUUUCAGGGCCCUGAGCGAAAGCUAACAUCGGACGAAAGCCUCUCAAGUUAAGCUCAUAAUCUGGAAGACUUUAUACUGGAAUUAGCCGUGCUGUUUCAUGGCAACUGAGUCUUUAGAUCGUGGGGCUAAUGCGAGUUUAUUCCUAUACAGUAAAUAUUUAGAAAGACUUGGCCAAACGUUUAUGGAACCAGGAAAGGUUCAGGUGCAGUGUGAGCUUCUGUCCAGGCUCUCAUGUCGUUUCAAUUUAUUAGAGGAUUCAAAAAACUGAUCCUGAAAACAUUUAAUCCAGGCAGAAUUUCAACUUCUGAGGACAAUUUAUUUGACUUAAGUUCCACGCAACCCUCUCACAAGGACUCCCAGUUUGCACGCAGGCAAAUAAAGUUUGACUAAAGGAAAGAUUUUCAGUCCAAAAGACGAGAGUUGGAUCUGAUUUUUAAUCAUGUUCUUCUCGAUGUUUGCCAUCUUUCAUCUGGUGCGACUGCAGAGAACAGUAGCUCAUGCUCACUAAUAGAAAAAAGUGUCCUGGAGCGAGUGGUGCCCGUAAUGGAAACACUGUCCGGUUCUGCUUUAACAACUCUUUUCUCAUCUAUAUUAUAUCGACACAAUAAAACAACGUAUAGACAAACACUCUCUCUCUCUCUCUCUCUGUGUGUGUGUUUCACUGCAGGCUACUGCAGUCUUGAAGCAACUCAGAGUAAUAAAGUGAAUGCAGCUCGGUCAUGGCUCACAGAACUCUCAUAUUUGCUUUUUCUUUUUGCGCAGGAAACUCAUUGCGUUUGCCACUUAAUUAAAAGGAAAUUGAACAAUUACAAAUUAAUGAAAAAAAUGUCGAAGGAACAUGAA